UCAGAGGUCUGUAAUUCGAGUAAUUUAACCAGGAUGGCCCAAAUCUGCCCAUGUGCUAAUUCGAGUUUCAUUUACCUCUUUGGUGAUGACAUAGACAUUGAAGAGGUCCACAAGACGCAUGAAUCAGGCAAUGCCUUCAGUGAUUAUGAAGGAGUUGUUCGCAUAAUCACUGACAUCCUCAAACCGGCCUUCGUUGUUUAUCGCAAGGUUGUUGAAGAGAAAGGUCCAGAGAAUGAAGUACCUGAGUCUUCCAAGGAUCCGUUGAAACUAGAGCUGCUUCAAAUAAUUCAGGAGAUCUAUUGGAAGAUGUUAUGCACGUGUUAUUGUGAGGGCAAACCGCGUCUAGGUGUUGAUGGAGAUGAAAAAGAAUGCAUAAAAUACAUGUUUGGUUUAGUGAAAAAAUACCCGUAUGAUGCAAAGCUGCUUCUGGUGCUGGCUGCAUUUGCCCUGAUCUAUCGUGAAUACUUGUGGUCUACCCAAGACGACACUUCCCAAGUAGACUCCUAUCGUAACCUCAAACAACGCAUUUUCUGCAAAGGGAAGCUCUCAGAAGAAGAGAAGGAGCAUCUUAAGAGUCUAAAUUCUCUAGUAACCAAAAUGCUGCAUCUCACAAAACCAAUUAUCAGUCUCACCAGCUAUACAAACAUUGAAUACCAAAGCUUGUAUGUUAGGAUCGUUGCUUACCACAUGAUUCGAGCUGUAGUCGUCUGCUUCUCUUCCACCAUGAAAUUGAUAAAAGUGAAGUAUACGUAUUCAUCAGAAGAGAUGAAGCUGAAGACAAAACAACUGAUAAAGCGACUAGACGAAUUAAAGCAUGCGGAGAAAUUCUUAAAUGACUUGAAAGAACAAGCAGACUGUUCUAACUUUGCAAUGGACUGCUUUGUAAAACCUAGUCAUACAGAUGUUGUUGAUUUAAUCAAGAAGUUGUUCAUCAAGCCARCUGAAGGAGCWGGACUCAAGCGGGAUGGGAAGGUAGGAUGCUACUGA